AUGUCCAUUGUCAGACAAUCACUCUAUCGUCACGUCUUUGGUGAACCAUACAAGAAUGAAUUCACAUAUUUGAACAUUCGUCCAAACGUUGGUGCUUGGGAUAGUAACUGGCUCGCUGCCAAUGCUCUCUUCGUUGCAGUUCCAUGGCAAGGAGGUGGUGGUUCAGUCGCUGUUCUCAAUCAAAAGAAUGUUGGUAAGCAAAGUGCUGACUUGCCUUUGGUUUCAGGUCACACUGGUGCUGUAUUGGAUUUGAAGUUCCAUCCUUUCAAUCAAUACAUUUUGGCUACUGGUUCAGUCGAUACCACUGCAAAGAUUUGGGUUCUUCCACAAGAAGGUUUGACUCAAUCCGUGACUGAUGCUCAAGUGUCAUUGGAAGGUCACAUGAAGAAAGUUGGUUUGUUGGAAUUCCACCCAACUGCUAACAACGUCUUGUUGACAGCUGGUCAAGAUCACAAAGUUGUUUUAUGGGACAUUGAAAAUGGAAAGGCUCAAGUUGAAAUGAAGGAUUUAUGGAAGGAUAUUCAAAGUGUUUCAUUCAAUAAGAAUGGUUCUCUCUUUGCUUCUACAUCCAAGGAUAAGAAGUUGAGAAUUAUUGAUCCACGUAAGGGAUCUGUUGCCAUGGAAGUUGAAGGACACUCUGGUACUAAGGGAUCUCGUGUUCAAUGGAUUACAAAUGGUGACAAGAUUUUCACUGUUGGUUUCUCCAAGACCAGUGAAAGACAAUACAUGUUCUGGGAUCCAAGAAAUUUGGAAAAACCACUCAACACAACAAAUAUUGAUAUGGCUUCUGGUCUCAUCAUGCCAUUCUAUGAUCCUGAUACCAAUUUGUUGUUCUUGGCUGGUAAGGGUGAUGGUAACAUUAGAUUCUACGAAUUGACUAAUGAGGAACCAUACAUUCACAGUUUGAGUGAAUUCAGAUCGACUGAUCCACAAAUGGGUAUGGCCAUGUUGCCAAAGAUUGCUGUGGAUACUACAUCCAACGAAAUUGUGAGAUUGUUCAAAUUGACUGCUAACCAAAUUACUCCAAUUUCAUUCACAGUUCCAAGAAAAUCUGAAUUGUUCCAAUCGGACAUUUAUCCAAAGACUGCUUCACCAACUCCAUCAUUGAGUGCCAGUGAUUACUUUAGUGGUCAAGAUGCUGAACCAACUUUGGUUUCCAUGAAUCCUGAGGAUAAGGAAAUUGAUGUUCAACAAUUCAAGGACUUUAAGCCAAACGUUGAAGUCAAGGCCAAACCACCAAAGACUGUCUUGCCAAAGGUGGUCUCCAAUCCACAAGAAUUGCAAAAACAAAACGAGGAAUUGAGAUCUCGUGUUGAAGCUUUGGAAAAGGAGAAUUGGGAAUUGAAGCAAGAAUUGAAGAAGUAUCAAUAA